CACCUCCUGCCCCGAGACAUGUCCUGCUACAACCAGUGCCUGCCAUGCGGACCCUGUGGCCCAACUCCGCUGGCCAACAGCUGCAAUGAGCCCUGUGUCAGGCAGUGCCAGGACUCCAACGUCUUCAUCCAGCCCUCUCCCGUGGUGGUGACCCUGCCCGGCCCCAUCCUCAGCUCCUUCCCGCAGAACACCGCCGUGGGAUCCUCCACCUCCGCUGCUGUUGGCAGCAUCCUCAGCUCUCAGGGAGUGCCCAUCUCCUCCGGGGGCUUUGGCCUCUCCGGCUUGGGCAGCGGCUACUGCGGCAGGAGGUGCUUCCCCUGCUAAAGCUGCUGGUGAUGGCCCGGGAGAAAGACGCCCAGGGACCCAGACGUUGGUAGCGGACUGGGCACAGAGCGUAGGCUUCUUGUGUUCAGGGUGGCCAAACCUCCCCAACACCCCUUGGAAGAGCAUGGGACUCUUGGAGAGCACGGCCCAUGUCUGCCUUACUCCUCCUCCAUUCUCUCCUUUCCCACCUGUGUCCUUGUUACUCACUGCAGCUCCACUGAGCUCUGAGUCCCACCACAUCAGCCUAGUGUGGGCCUUCUGUCCCUUUUCCCUCAGUGGAGUGGGCAGAUGGACAGGUGGCGGGAUGCUCUCCGUGGCCACACAGCGCGUGCUCUCGUCUGCCCCUGGUGCUUCCUACACUGGGGCACCCUCUUGGUGUGACCUCGUUUCCCUCUUUUGACUCUAAUAUUA